GCGCCUGGUAGAGAUGGAGGAGGAGAUUCGCGAGCUGACUGGCGAAGGAGCUGCUGAGACUUCUGAGCCCGCUCAAGCCAGCCAGAGCCGGCCUUCUGCCAGAGUGUCCCAUGAACCUCCCAGCGUGACAGAGUCAACUUUGAGUCCAUCGUCCACUCUUCGAUCUUCUCGGGAUCGAAUGCCAACCCCAUGGGCUCAGGCGUCCACCGUGGCAGAGGUAUCUGUGCAGUUCUCGGAUUCUGUCUCGGCCGUCACCUCGUUGGAAGUCCCGGAGAACGUCCCAGAGGUUGGCAACAGGUCCGUGCGCGACCGAAUCCUAACCCCGUUCGUAGCGGCCAACGUGACAGCCUCCGAGGAUCGCAGAGCACUGCUGGCACCUGGCCUGUCAACAGUCGAGGAGUUUGAAGCACAGAGCUCCCGAGAGAGGCUUCGCUCAAGCCGAGACAGGAUGCCUACACCCCAUGUAAGCUCAGAGAUGAUCGAGGAAACUGAGACCUACGCGUCUUCUGGAAAAACAGUCCGAAUCUUCCCUGCAGCCGACAUGGAGGCCAUUCCAGCCUCUGGCAGAAGACGGCCCAGCCGAGAGAGACAAGCCACCCCGUUCGUCAAG